CCAGUGAAUAAAGCAUGUUUUAAAGAAAGCAUAAAAUUCGCAAUAAGAAUUGAUCGAUGGACAAGGAAAACAGACCAGGUCACCAUGUGAAGAAACUGCCGUUGGGCGAUCAGGGGGAGAAGAGUCUAGAAUUGCCGGACAUUCUGAGAGCCCUGAAUUUGAUCAGAAUAAAUAAGGAGUCCUCGGCAAAUGUGCAAGAAGACCCAGUAGAGGGUAUACCCGAACCGGGAUCGAAAUCUGCCCAUACAAGUAGAAUUAGAAAGUUGCAAAUUGGGCGCUAUGAGAUAGAAACCACGUCUUCCAGUCCGUAUCCUGAAUUAGACGACAAGGUGCCCAUCAUUUACGUUUGCGAGUUCUGCCUGAAAUACAUGUACUUGCGGAAAAGCUACUCCUACCACCUAUUCCAUUGCAAGAAGAGGCGUCCGCCGGGCAGCUUGGUGUACCGAAAGGACGCAAUUCAUAUCUACGAGGUCGAUGGCAGCAAGGCGAAGCUGUAUUGCCAGUGCCUCUGCUUGAUGGCCAAGCUCUUUCUGAAAAACAAAGAAACGCUCUACAGCCCGAAACUGUUAUUCUUUUAUAUCCUGUGCUUAAAGGACAAGGAUGGCGAGCACCUUGUAGGUUACUUCUCCAGGGACAAGAAGUCUAAGUCCAAUGUCAACCUAAAUUGCAUCCUUGUUCUACCGCCCUAUAUGCGCAAGGGUUACGGAAAGCUGCUGAUCGCCCUCAGCUACGAGAUCUCUCGCAAGGAGGGAGUCAUCGGAGGUCCCAAGAAGCCGCUCUCGGAUGUUGGCAGUCUUUGUUACCUCAGCUAUUGGGGCCACAUCCUCCUCGAAUGGUUGAGGCACCACACCUCGCCAGACCGAAUAACCAUCGAAGAACUGAGCAAGGCGACUGGCUUCGUCAAGGAGGACGUAAUACUCACUCUAAAAUUUAUGAAAAUAAGGACGUUCUACACGGAUGACCACAUCUUGUACACUACUCCCUCGAUAAUCGAAAAUCGCCGUAAGCACGCGAAUUUUAAAAAACCGAAGUUGACCAUUCAAAAAAAGUGCCUAGUCUGGAAGAGAGCCACAUCACGAAAGUAGCAUAUAAGUUUGGGCCAUCAUAUUUUUGAAUUCUAGAGAAUUAUCAAUUUUGUUAAUAUUGGAUAUUCAUUUUCAUUGCAUCUUAACAAUUUGUAUGCCAUAACUUUUUUUUCAGAGAACUGAUUUUUAUAUGAUU